AUGUCCUCCGAGCCUCAAGACCCUUCCCAGGCCGAAUCAGCAGUCUGGGACAAGCAGACCCGGCGCAACAAAUCCACCAGCGAAUUCUACGAUCCCUGCCAAGCGGCCGCGCAACAAAGCUACAAAUGUCUUUUCCGCAAUGGCGGCGACAAGUCGAUGUGCGGAGAGUACUUCCAGUACGUUCAGAUGGGCCGACCGCGAUUGAAGGAGAGAAUUGAGCUGACCACGAUGAUUAGAGCCUACCGUGACUGCAAACAAGCUUGGGUAUACUGA